GCUUUGCCCCGCUGGUAUUUGACGCACGCAUUAUGCGUAUAUGGGGCGGAGUGUUAUCAGUUGUUUAAUAUUGUGCACCCGUGGAUCGUUAGGAGCACUUGACGUGUUGCUAGCUCGACAUGUUGCUUUCAACGACGGUGUCUUUGAACUGACAGUAGUGCUAAUGACCAGCGAAUUGCUGACUGGGAGGUGGGGACAUUUUUUUGACGGGCUGACAUGAAUGCAGAUCAGGAAGGAGCUUGGUUAGACCUGAAAGAAAUUCAUUCCUCCUUGAAUGAUUUGAAAGACAAGCUAAACAGGACUGGUCAGAAGCUUUGCGCUGCUUCUUCUUCUGGACCAAUUCAUUUCAACUUUGCUGCUCAGCCAAGCUCUGUCACCUCCACGAGCAACUUUGUGUACAGAUUUGGGACAGCUGGAACAUCUUCUUCAUGUCUCGUAAGCCCAAGGGUUCACAGGACAUCUCAAAGCAGGGGAGGAAGUGCUGUAAAUGGUUUGACGUCACCACAAGCCAAGACAACAGAAAAAGGCCCUAUUUUAUCGCAGCAAUUUAUGAACCAUUCGACCUUCCUGCAUCAUGAUGAAUUGGACUUCAUGCGCUCGCUUCGACAGUCCAGCACCCAAAGCAGCUUUGUGCCCUCUGCCACUGCCAUUACAACUGCUGCCAAUGUUACGUUUACCUUAGGUGACAUUGUAGCUAAACGCAGUGUGUCUGAUAGUGGACUCCAUGUAAGGAAAGCACAUUAUAUCAACGAUGAAGCUGGCAGCCUGCUGAAACAGGAUCCACGAAAUUCUGGUAGCAAGAGUUUAUCUGGUAGUAGCCGGAAACUUCGCAGGUUGGUCGAAAAGCAGAAGAAAGUGGUGGAUUCUCGACACACUAAAGACAAGUCUCCACAGUAUCGAGCAGACCACAAUAGAAACAGUGCUAAUGUCCAAAGGUCUCUAUUUGCUGCACAGGAGCAGCCUACAAAGCUUGUGGAUGCUUCAACCUACUGCAAGCCUAGUAGCAACACUGUUGCCACUAACACAUCAGUGGCUUCGUCUGUUGAACCUUGCAAGCCAUCUGGAGAACACCUUUCGGAAGCUGACUCUACUUUCUGCAGAAACAUUGCUUCCUCGGGAAUAGUGGAAAAUGUAAACUUGUGUGCACGAGAUUUUGUGGAGGAGUAUCUUGAGUAUCUGAAGGAGAGGAACAGUGUGGGAUCUGAUGCGAGCAAGCACUUGGGGCCAUUCACCACUUCAACUGUGCUGGAUGAACAUCACAGACAUAAAAUAUUUUCUGGAAAUGAUGCUGUAAGUUUGGCUUCAAAUGGGUCUCCUAUUGAUCCUGUUUGGAAACGAAAGUUUGCCUCUGUACCCCAACCGAAGGAAUACAGAGGAUUUUCUCUACGAGGUGCUCACACAUCCACACAAAAGCAAGUCCAGCAGCUUUCAAGCAAAACAGACAAAGUAGAAGAUGCUGGUGAGAUAAAUUUGGCAGCUGUUGAACGAAAAGAGUCAAGUGCCCAAUCUGCAGAAGUAAUUCAGCAUGAACGGCCUGUGACUCAUGGGAAGACCAAUGCUGGGGCACAUCCUGCGAAAACAUCAGUAAUCACACCAACCAGUUGGAAGACGGGCAGGAACUUAGCCUUGAGGAUACAUGGGCCAUACCUCGCUGCUUCUUCAGGGAAAUCAACAGGGGUUUCAGAAAAUCAGCUUAGGAAUGGUGCUAGCAGAGACCAAGCUCAAGUGAAACGCCUCUUGGCAGGAGCUGAAGGUGAGAAGCAUAUUUUAUCUAACGAAGACAAGAUAUCAGCUCUCCGGAGCUUAGGAAAAAGUCUGAGUGGGAAGAGAAAAGCACAGCUUCGAAUGGAACCAGAAAAGGAAUCGUCUGCACCAGCCACCAAAUUACGGCACUAUGAUGCAUCUGCAGUCCGAAACUUCAUCAUGGAACAGAAAAUGGGUCGAAAACAGCGGAAAUGCGAGGCAGAGCAAGGCAGAGUGGAUGCUGCCCGAGCAAGGGAGCUACGCUUGGAGAAGCUGUAUGCUUUUCAGAGGAAGACUGCGUGUGACAGUGCUCGCAUUGGCAGACACAAAAUGAGGCGCAAGCAGGAAGAUGAAAAGGCUGUCCAUGAGUUUGUCAAGCAUUUGAAGUCAAUGCAAGAUGUGACCGACUUUGACCAAAAGGAUAGUUCACCUCAAAGCUCAGCUUCUGGUAGUACUGCUGAAGGUACCGACACUGGUCACAAUUCUCGUCAAGUGCAUAUGCAGCUGCAAAAAGAUAGCGAGGUUUGCGUUGGACUAACACAGGCUGCUUUGGUCAGUCAUGGCAUCGAAGGCAAGUGCCUGUCGAAGACCUCUGUCAACCACCUAAGUCUUCCAUCAAGCCCCUCACAGCCCAUGGAAAGUGAUUUCUUGAAGAACCCACUGGAGGGACAGCUGUCCUCUCCUUAUGACUUGGGAACACCAAUUCUGAAUGGUUGCAAGAGACAGCAGAGACAGACGCAAGAAUUUCAGUACGAACCGACUGAGCAGGUCCUCCGCCUUGAGGAAACUAGUACAGAAGUUAAUGAAAAGCUAGAUGAACAGCUGAACCUUUUGGGCUGUAAUACUGCCUUUCAAUUGCCAAACUAUGAUGAACACCAUUCUUCUGGAAUCACUGAGAGGCUUCAUAUGACGUUAUCUGAGGCACUUCAGUCUGUGUGUGGUUCAUUCGAAGUGGAUGAUUCUUCUGGUUGGAGUAUGGUGUUUGAAAAGUCUUCAGACAAAGCAUCAAGCAUUUCUGUGGACACUCAAGUGCAGAAUGAAGCUGCAAAGAAGAUACAAAAUUUUUAUCGCAAACAUCUGAUUCAGAAGCGGAAAGGAUUGUUUGAAAAAGAUAACCACAAAUACGAAAAAAAUGGGGCAAAUGCAGCAUUGAGUUGCAUUCUUGAAGAGUCUUCACAGCGACAGAGAGAGUCUAGAACUGGCGUCUCCAGCACAGAGUUGUCAGCUCCUGAUGAGGAGCCUUCGCGACACCUCAUGCCUGAUCCAAAUACCAUUUCCAGAGCAUGGAAGAGCAAAUUUUCAAAAGCAUUUCUUACCAGCACACUGCUUGAAGACGCGUCUCCUCCGCUGAGCUUCCAUCUCAGUUCUGUGUCCACUUCAGGUGCUCCGAGUUCAAGAAAAGUUCCGGCGCAACAUAAUCACAUAGACUCUGGCUUACAACGAGAAAAUGUGUCAACAUCUAAGGGCACAUCAGCUGAGGCCUUAACAUCAUUACUUGAGGAAGACCCUACUCGACACAGCAGCAUGGUCACAGGCUAUGCAUCGGUCACAAAGUCACAUUCGAAAUCUAGAGCUGCAACGGAAAAGAUAAGUAUGCUGCCUGUUAAAUCGGUGAGCAUGGAAAUAGACUCUCGUCCCUCUACGAAGUCGCUUGUGAAUCUCAGGAAAGCCCCAAAAAAGUCUCCCAGGCAAGAUCUUGAGCAACAGCAGCCUAGUGAAAAUGCAGAGACUUCUCUUUUGCCUGUGACUGCCUCUAGAGUAUCCAGCAGGUCUUUGACUGGUUUGGAGAGAAGUGGACUUAAGCAAGGAGGUUUUAACAAUGACAAAGCUUGGGUGUUACUCGAGGCUCAAGCAAAGGCCCUUCAAGCAUCAGCAGAAACGGCACGGCACUUAGCACAGGUGCGUGCCCCAUCCUUGCUUGAGGUUCAUGGGGAAGAUAUGGUGCAGCGGCUCACAGCUAGCACUGUUGUAGCUGCAUCUGCAUUAGCGGCUGCCUUAGCCUGCCAAAAACCCGAUUGGCAGGUAUCGGUUCCAAGUGACAAAGGUGCCAACCUUAAGACACAGGCAUCAUCCUCCUCAUCCACAGCCUCACAGCCCACAGAUGCUGGCUUUGAAUCCAUUGACAAAACAUCCCCACAGAGCUCAGCUGAAGACAGUUGUUCACCACCAACCGAAGACAAUGCAAAGGAAACUCAAAGGACUGAGACCAUGUCUCGGCAAGAUGAUAACAAUGUUGGUGGGUCAGACAGAAAUACUUCUUCAGCCUCCAUAUCCGAGGAGCUGGACAUGUUGGGUUUGAGUGAUUCAAGUCCGAAGAACAAAAAAUCAACAUCUAGUACAUCCAAGAAGCGGCAGCCAAAAAACGUGGCCCCCCUCUCUCUAGACAGCAGUGCCACUGAGGACUCUGCCGGUGCCUCUAAACCACAACAGGCAUGCAGCAAGAGCUCCUUCAGUGAGACAGUCCUGCUGGAUCGAGAUUUAUUGAGUUAUGGCUCUUUGAUGGAGCACCCACUCAGUGGAAGGUUAUCCGGCAAAGACGAAAUUGAGGGAGGGGGCCAGCCACCUCUGGCACUGCUGCGGCUUCAGGAGCGUGACGUCAUUGAACGUGCACGAGCAGACCUUACAUGGAUAGAGGUUCUCAAAAGGAAUUGUCGAGAGAAAGGCUCGGAAGAAAGAUUGCCAACAUUGCGCAAGAGACAACGGGCUAUUCUCAUUAGGCUGCAUCAGAAACGGACGGAACUGAAGGAUCUUCAGCGCCGCUGCCUUACUCAGAGUCAGCGAGCUGGAAGUCCUACUUCAGUAUCGAAUGAAAAUUCUGUUCCAAUAGAUGUUGCUAUUGAAGUUCCUGAUGGUUCUACCAGUGGCAUGCACUCAAGUGGUAUUAGUGAAAAUUGUGAGGCAUCAUGGGCCAGUGACCAACUCAGUGACCAAUCUAAGGAAUCAUCCCAACCAGAUGAGAUUCCGGUGCAGAUUGAACAGAAGUCAUCAGUAGUCGACAGCUAUGUUUCAACAUUUGAGAGCAGUAGCACAUUACCAGAGCUCCCGGAAGACUCGACGCAUUUAAAGCUCAAUGCCAGUAAGCGGUUCCUGGAAAAGCGACAGCAGAAGUUGCAAGACCGGCGGAAGAACGUACAGAAAUUGCUCGAGUGGCAAAAAAAGCUCAAUGCAGAAGAAGCAAGUGUACGUGCCCUUGAGCGCAGAGCCCUUGCCAGGCUUCGGGCACGUGGUGCAAAAACUCCACCCCAGGCUCCAUUCCUAGCAGAUACGCCAACUUCCAUAUCUAAAAAUAAUGGUGUGGUGAGAAGUUCAACAUAUCCUGAAGGUGCCUCUAUAGAGGAGGAGGUAUCUGAAGAAGUAUGUGUGGAGGCGCCACCAACAACAGAAUCCAUUCAAGAGGAGGCAGCUGUGACAGAGCCAACAAGUGGUGACCAGCAUGAAUCAACUAUUAACAGCAAGGUUGUGGCAUCAGCUUCCUCUGAGGCAGAGGUCUCCACACAGACUGAGAAUGUCAUUAGGCAUAGUAGCAGCAGUGGGGGCCGCAGGAGCCCGAUGGUGAUCAAGAAGCCAUUAGUAGUCCGAAGAAAAGUUCGUCGAGAUUCUAGUGGCUCCGAAGAUUCUUUCAAUGUGUCCCUUUCGGAAACAGCCUCAGACCAGAGUGACAUUGAGUGCCGAAUCAUAGCACUAAGUCAGGAACUCAAAAAGCGGCAGUUAGAGGCAGAGCAGCUAAAGCAGGAGCAAAGACGCCGCCGCACUGAAGUGCUCCGUGAACGGGAGGAAUCCCUCAAGAAACACAUAAAGCUGUAUGAUAAACUGAUUCAACAAGCAAGGGAGGAGCUACAGAAGGAGCUGGACAUGGCUCAGCAGGAAAAAGCAUCAUUUGUAAAGCCACAAAUCAAGAAGCCUCGCGCUGCCGAACAGCGGAAGCACCGGCUUGUGCAGAUGAGUUCUCCCGAGAGUGGGGCACAGCCAGCCUUGGUACCAGAAAACAAGGAAUCCAAACUAUGCACUGAGUCACCAGUGGAAGUGUUGUCUGGAUCCUUGAAAAAAUCUGAAUCUGAAAUUGCUACUGAGGAAGAGCAGUCCAAUGAAGCCUCCUCAUUUGUCUCAUCUGGUACCGAGGAAUUGACCCCCAGAUUAGCUACUCCACCUGUUACUGAUAAAUCACCCCCAAGGACAUCUAUGUCAUCUACUUCUGAAAUUUUGGAAGAGUUUAGCAGUAAGGAGGUUUCUGCAUCUGCUUCUAAAAGGGACACUGAACAACCAGAGGCAAUAUUUUCGUGUGCUAGCUCCAAGGCAGUUGAACAAAGGUCUUUCGUUUCCAAGAUUGAACCUGUUGCUGAAGACUCCUUGCUCAUUAGUGCAAAACUCACUGGUGAAACAAAUACCCAGGAUAAUACUUCGACUCUUGACAAGACUUCUGGAGCUAGUAAUAAUGCAGAAGGUGUUUCUGUGAAGAACAGUGUUGAUCCAACAUUUAUGACUCAAAGUGACGCUGUCAAAGACGAGACGCUGUUGAGUGACGAUGCCAUCAGUGAAAAAAUCUGUGCAACAGCAUCUGAAAGUCUCUUAUCUGAAGGCAGCAUGAAAGAUCAGGAAAAUUCUAAUGGCCAGCCUGUGAAGGAGGCUAAUAUACCAAUCACAGACAACUCAGAGUCCCAGAAUGACACUUCUGAGGGAAUACUCUCUUCUCUUGGCGAGAAUGAAAAUUUUAUGAGCCACGAAGCCAAAAAUGAACAGUCUUGUGAAGUGGCACCAGUAUUUGAGAAAGAAAGUAAUAAAGAACUGUUAGGCAACAUCGAAAACUCCACUGAAGUAGCUGUGCCUAAAGAAGCUUCAAGUCCUUCCAGCAGCAAGGCUGCUGAUGCGCCAGCGAGUCUGUCUAGCUUAGAGGAUGAAUCAACAGUCACCGAGGAAGUAGCAGAGUACACAGAAGAGAUUGUACGCAGUACAGUUAUAGAUUCAAGCUUGUCUCGUGAAGAAGCAAUUGAAGAAGGAAAAGUUGAUAAGGCAGUUAAUGGCAUCCUUUAUUAUCUUCUAGAGGAUACCAUGAAAUCCCUGGUAGGCAGACAGGACUCUUCAAUACCAUUUGCUGAAGAAUCUAGGACAGUGAAAGCAGCUUCGUCUGAUGAAGUUACUAGAAAAGUGCAGGGUGAAUGUCAGCUUUCAUUGGAUUCAUCAGCUAGAUUUGGCUAUUUUACUGCACCAUCAAAUCAAGAAGUGCUGUCUGCCGCAGAGAGGAACUCUGAUGAGCUCCAUGUCCAGCUCACUGACAGAGAAACAUUGGCUGGUGCUGUAGGAGAUAAGGUGACAGAAAUAGCUGAUCAACUUCACAGCUCCUCCUUAGAGGCUGGUAAACCUUGGGUCAUGGAAGUGAUUGAUGUACUUGCUGAGAAGCUUGUUUCUGAGGCAAUAGACUCAGUAGUAGUCAUUGCAAAGGAGAAGGGACUGCUCACUGCCAUGUCUGUUGAGAGUGACAGUCAUAAGUCGAACGUAAGCCAGAAGGUGAGUGCGAUCCUUGCAAGCAUUGAAGAAACGAGGAACAGUCGCGAGUUACAGAGGCCACAAGACCUGAUGGUACUCUCAACGGAUCUUGAUGAUGAGGAGUUUUCCUGGAAGGACGCUUUAACUUCCCCAAUUUUCACAGUGAGUGAGGAUGCAUCUGCUGAGAUGAGUCCAAAGGAGCUCUGUUCGAAAGCAGUGCAAGCUGAAGACUGCUUUUUGUCAACAACUUCAGAGCAGGAUUGGUUUGAUGAUGACUUUGGCUUAGGCUCCGGUGACAAUGCUUUGGCCUACCAACGACGUAUUCCAAACAAGCCACCACCUCCUUACAGUCCCCCAAAGAGUGGCUUCAUGUCAAGGCUGUUUUCUGAAGCUGUAUGGAAAGUGCCUAAUAUGGAGUCUGAAGUGUCCACUUUGAUACAGAAAGCAGCCACCAUUGUUUAUGCAACAGCCGUGCAGGGAAAAGGUCUUGCCAACUUGACGUUCAGCCCCGAGUGUGUUGGUGAAAAGGCUGGUGUAUCGGGUGUUGAUGGAGACAGCUACCGAGCCUACUGUGAAUUUUUGUUUGAACUUGUAAAAGAGACAGCUCAAGAAAUUUUUCGCACUGAAGAGACAGAUACUCCUCCACCAUUCUGGCAACGAAAUGUGCGUCUUAGAAGAAAGCGACCUCUGCCUGCUACGCCUGAGCUUUUUAUCUCUCUUGUGGGAAGCAAGGUGUUGUCAGUGCCAGGACUCCAUGAAAAUUCUGAACUUGCAUUCCGCAACUUUGAUGAUCGUGGACUGAAUUUUGUGGAUGUACUGUUAUAUUCUGAAGCCAGAGGAGAAGAGCCUGAAUGGGUGGACUACAGUCGUGAGGAGGUCAUUGUCAAAGACCAGGUUGCCAUUGCAAUUUUUCGCCUUUUAGUGGACGACACAAUUGAAACUCUGAAGUCUCUAUGGCAGUUCAGAUGACAAAUAGUAUAAGCUCUGUUUCUGUUAGUUUUUUUUUUCUUCAGCUUCUACAAUGAUUGCAGUGAACAUUCUUUUCUAGAAAAACCAGUUUGCUGAAGGUAUUCUCUGCUGAAUUUUAGAGAUCCUGUGCCGUUAGGCAGAUGGCUAGUAAAUUUUCCUGGUCAGACAACUGCUUUGUAUAGGGCAGCUUUCAUAGCAACCUACAUAUAACAAGUUACAUACAUCUAAUUGUGUUUUUUGGUACUAAUUGUAUGUAGGCAAUUUUUAGCUAUCAAGGGUACAUAAUUAUCUGUACGACAUGCACCUCAAUUUAGCAUUUAAAACUAAAAAUAGAACUUUGGCUAUGUCUUCAAGGAACAUUAACAUCCACUUGCGUGCUGAUUCAGCCACUAAUAAUGCCCAGGCUGUGCUAAUAAUAAUAAUAAUACAGCCAGAUCAGUUCGUUCCACUUUUUGUGCUUUUGCAAUAUUUGCAAAAACAGAGAUGGAAGUAUGAGAGAAGUCAUUAAUUUCUUUUUAGCAUUUGUUCAUUAUCUUUCAUAGGGCAGUAAUUUUGGCUACUGCAAUCACAUUUCUUAGUGGGGUAACUGUAUCUUUCUUUCUGUAAUGCAUCCGAAUCUGUUCAAAAUGAGUUCACUUCGAACAAGUCAGCUAUUUACAACCACUAAGGCUGCUCAGGCAGACAAGAGCGAUAAGUGGUAGCAGAUGUUGCAGUGGCUUGAGGUCUUGUUCUUAUCCUCAUGUAUUGCCAUUUGUGGAAGCUUAUCGAAUAAAUAGAAUUUUUUUAUUGUCA